AUGAGGGAAAUAUUCACAGUUUGGAGUCCCAAAGCAGAAAAAAGCCCCGUAUUGGAUGAAAGAGAACGCGCGCAACGCAUUCGUUUACUCAGGGCCAUGAUUGAAAACAGUGAGCUCAAUGGACAAAUCGAAACGAAAGACAUCAUCAUGAUCUCGUGCCUCCAUUCGCGUGACUGGGAUGUUGAAGCCGCAUUCAAACGUUUAACGAAAUUCCUGAAGUUCAGAGAGGAGUUUCCCGAUUGUGUGAUUCACGAACAUCCAAAGGCCUACGAACACUUGCUCCGGAAAAAUAUGUCAACAAUGCUCGAAAAUCGCGAUAAAAAUGGACGACGGAUUUAUUUGAUCAACGUGAGUAAAAAUGGCCCGGAGAACGACUUGAGUAUCGCCAAUGCGCUCCAAAUUCACAAUGCUUGGCUCGAAAUGGUCUUGUAUGAACCCGAAACCAUCGUGAAUGGCGUUUCAAUUAUUUUGGACAUGAAAGAUGUUACUUGGAGUUUUAUUCGUUGGUUCACAUCAAGUAUGGCGAGUAUGGCAUCGAAAUUGGCUGGAAUAGCUGCUUUACGUCAUUUGUCGAUUCAUGUUAUAAACACAAACUCCGCAACAGCAACUUUGGCCAAUUGUGUGUUGCCCUUCACUGGACAAAGAAUCCGAAACUUGAUUCGAGUUCAUUACAAUUUGAAGACGUUGCAUGACGAAUUGGGAAGAGAAUGUCUGCCUUCGAUAUACGGAGGACCCGAAACCAAUAUUUUAGAUUAUAAGAAAUUACGCGACGAUUUGUAUAUGGUUUUUAAUAAACAUCCCCGAAGAUGCUUCCAAAGAAUGAAAUGCGAACCAGAACUGAUAGUUAGAACAAUAUUACACGAUUACCGAGGGAGAUAA